ACGUAAUCUAAGGUUGUGUAACCAAUAAUUGUCAGACGAUGAACCUUGCUGCGCGUCGUCCUGCAUCUUUUGAUUCUCGCGAGUAAAUUCGUAGGGUAGAAACACAGCCACGACAUGGCCGAGUUACUGCUGGAUCCAAAUAUUCGAGGCUGGGUGUUUCUACCCAUAGUGGUGAUCACGUUUCUCGUUGGAAUAAUACGUCAUUACGUGUCGAUCCUGCUCGCCUCGCAAAAGAAGGUCGAGGUACAUCAGGUGCAAGACAGUCAAGUCAUGAUACGCUCCAGACUGCUCAGAGAGAAUGGACAGUACAUACCAAAGGUAGCUUUUAUGACUAGGAGACACUUUUUCAAUAACGAAGAGACGGGAUACUUCAAGACUCAGAAGCGUGCUCCUGUCUCUCAAAAUCCCAUGACCGAUCCAAAUAUGAUGACUGACAUGCUCAAGGGAAACGUGACCAAUGUUUUGCCUAUGGUACUGAUCGGAGGUUGGAUCAACUGGAUGUUUUCUGGAUUUGUAACAACCAAAGUGCCUUUCCCAUUGACGCUGAGGUUCAAGCCAAUGUUACAACGAGGCAUAGAGUUGGUUACUUUGGACGCUGCGUGGGUCUCUUCGGCUUCGUGGUACUUUCUCAAUGUAUUUGGCUUGAGAUCCAUUUACACGCUCGUGCUCGGUGAGAAUAACGCCGCGGAUACCUCGAGGCUCUUGCAGGAUCAAGUGUCAGGUGCUGCGAUGUCCAUGCCACCCGAUCCAAAAGCGGCUUUCAAGUCCGAGUGGGAAGCACUGGAGAUUUGUGAGCAUAACUGGGCGCUACAGGGAGUAGAUGCCGAAUUGAUGGGCAUUCAAUCCAAAUCGGAUGUAACUGAUGGUAUAUAUCAUCAAGGCAAAACAAAUUGAUUGAUCUCUGACAGAGAGUUAUCGUUAUAAGGAUUCUAUUUAUUUCUGUGCGUUAACGUAACUGAGCUCAUGUUUCAUUAGAAAGCAAAGUGAAACGAUAAAGCGUAAUGAUAAAAUCUGUCAAGAGUGAUACUUGAGGAUUCCGACAGUUUGCACAAUCUCGAGAAUAAAAUUCCAUCUUUAUUUCCGACGCAUUAGAUUCUUAUGUACAUUUAUGUUUCUACACUUGAAUAAAUUUAUACUUGAAAUGGCGCGUGAUUGUAACAAUAAAUUGCAAUAAAAUAGGAUUUACGUA